UACAAAUUGAAUUGCAUGUUUAUUUGCAACUGCAUGAUUUGUAAGUUCACAGAAUUUAAAAUACGUGCAGAAAACCUAGUGAUUUUUAACUGCAUUUAGUACUAAAAAUGGUUGGCUACAAUGCGGACGGCCCAGCAAGAGACCGUGUUAUGAGGCUCAUGGACGAUAAAGAAAGAAUAGAGCGGGAAAUAGCAGAAUGUAACGCGGUACUUGAAACAAAUAAUGUGGGGAUGUCGGAGCCCCUGGUGGAUGGGCAAGGCUUCCCUAGGGCAGAUGUAGAUGUAUACAGAGUGCGGCAAGCCAGGCAUCGCAUAAUUUGCUUGCAAAAUGACCACAAAGAAAUUAUGAGGAAAAUAGAAAGUGGCCUGGCAGAGGUACAUUCGCAUCUUAUCGGGGUCAAUGGAGAGGGGCCAUCGGCUCCUCCACCUGUGGUCAAUGGGAACGGCCAUGCUCCGAGCAUGAGCAAUGGACAUAGGCACGAAGUUGAGAGACCAUUCGCGACGGUUGGAAUGGUGCAUGAUGGGUCUCCGGCGGAUAUUGCUGGCCUAAAAACAGACGAUGAAAUCCUGCAAUUCGGCUCUAUAAACCACGCUAACUUCGCCGACAUGAACCAGGUGAACGAGCUGGUCUCCCACUCCAUAGGCCAGAGGAUCAACGUGAAGAUCCGGAGACAGGAGCACGUUAUGAAUGUGACCGUGAUACCCAGGCCUUGGCAGCAGCCGGGCCUUCUAGGAUGUCAGAUUAGGAGGCUGUGAUUUGCAUAAUAAAUAUCUCAUAAUAUCUUGAUGGAGUUUUACCAGUAAUAUCCACAAUUGUAUCACAAUGAAUUGGAUGAAGGUGCAGGUUACUUUGUAGUAACGAUAUUUGGCCUUUUGAGUCUUGACAAGCAUUCUGACUCAUGAACAUAUAUAUAUAAUAAUUAGCUUUCACCUGGAGGUACACUCGAAAAGUACUCUAUGUCCUUUUCCACACCAUAUGUAUUUUCAUUGAGGUCGGUUACGCGGUUUUGAUGUGAAAGACGGACAAACAAACGCACUUUUAAGAAAGAAAGAAAAAGAAAAAACUUCUACAUUUACCUCUUUAUUAGUAUGGAUUCGAACUUGUGGAUUAAAAUAUUCUGAACUAGUCUUUUCCCACAGCUUCUCCCGAGCUGAAAUCCUGUUUCUGUGGGGAUUUUUAGAAAAAAGUUAUCUAUGUUUGUCUUUAUACAAAAUUUCACCAUAAUCGGUUCAACAUUAAAUUGUUGUCGUGAAACCAAAAUAAACAGACUUUCGCAUUUAUAUGUCUGGAUUUAAUGUUCUCAUUCUCAUGUUUAACUGAAGUUCUUAUUUUAAACAUUUUGUAUACUUGAUUAUUUGUAAAAUGCAAUAAAAAAUCUAAUCAAUUUGUUACUUUUUACUGACAGAAGUAUAAACAUGCAAAUGGUACAAAAAGUAAUAAAUUAGUUAUAGGUAGGUAUAAAUAUCUUAAAAAACGUCAACAAAAUGUGUUGCAUAAAAUUCUAAGUGUAAAUAACAAUUUUUGCAAUUGCACAAGGACUACCUGCAAAAUAAAAAUUAAAAAUAAAUUUUAUGAUUUAUAA